AUGACCGUCCCCCAAGAACGGCGGAAAUGGUGGAAAGUCCAAUGGUUCGCAGACCAGGACACCAAGGAUGAAAGGCGACUCAUUACCAAGCUCGACUUGUUGAUUGUUCCUUAUGCAUUCCUCGCAUACUGGACUAAAUACAUUGACCAGGCGAACAUGAACAAUGCCUAUGUAUCCGGACUGAAGGACGACCUCGGCCUUGGUGGAAAUGAUCUUGUCCAGUUGCAAACUAUGUACACUGUCGGCGCAGUGGUCGGACAGCUUCCGUUCAUAUUCCUCUUCACCAAACUUCCCAUGUCGUGGAUGAUCCCCUUCAUGGAUGUCAUGUGGGGAAUCUUCACGUUGGUGCAAUACCGUGCGAACUCCUACGCGGAGCUGGCUGCGUAUCGUUUCCUCGUGGGUUGGUUCGAAGUGAGGUCAUGGUAUCGAGGUGAUGAGAUCGCCCGCCGCGGAGGGUUUUUCUACGUCGGUUUGACCUUCGGUACAUUAACAGCCAGUUUAAUUCAAGCAGGCGCAUCUAGUCGACUGGACGGCGUCAACGGCCUCGCGGGAUGGCGAUGGAUGUACAUCAUCUGUGCGAUUAUCACCCUCCCAGUCGCUGUUCUGGGCUACUUCAUCCUCCCAGGCUCACCCGACAAGCCGAACAAGUUCGUCCUGAACGAGAAAGAUGUACAGCUCGCCAAAUCUCGAUUGACGCGCGUUGCGCACGAGACCAAAGAGAGUUCUCUCUCUUGGCAUACAGUACUGGGAGUCACUAGGAAUUGGAAAUUCUGGGCUCUACUGUCACUCGACAUCUUGUUCUGGAACGCUUGUCUGAAUACCAGUGCUGGAGGUUAUCAGCUAUGGCUUAAGAGUCUGGACAGAUUUUCUACCAGUCGUUUGAAUGAGCUGGCUGCUAUAUCGCCGGCUCUUGGUAUAUUUUAUACCUUGUUCGUUUGUUUCUCGUCGGACUUGUUCCUUGGACCUGCCUGGGCUAUUACUAUUGCCCAUUUGUGGAAUAUCCUUGGGCUGGUGAUUCUCAUCGUUUGGGAUGUCUCUGAAUCAGCGCUCUGGUUUGCAUUCUUGACUACUUACUCUUCAGUUGCCAUGUCGAGUGUUCUCUAUGGUUGGAUCAACAGCCAACUACGAGCUUCUCCUGUUGAACGCGCUCUGACGUUGAUCAUCGUCAAUACCAUUGCCCAGUCGACUACGGUAUGGACGCCUCUCUUGGUCCUGAAGACUGUUGAGGCCCCACGUUUUACGAAGGGAUAUUCUUUCAUUCUUGGAAAUGCGAUUUGCUUGAUUUUAUUCGCUCAUGUGGUCCAGUACUUCAUUUCGCGAGAAGACUCAAGUCGAGCCGUGAGAGUACGUCGGACUCCGAAAGCAUAG